UUCUUAAUCUUCUUAUUCACAACACAAUCUUUCUUUCUUUCUUUCGCUUCAGAGAGUUUGUUUCAAUGGCAGUUUCUUCUCUCUCAGCAACAUUCAUUCCUUCUCUUUCUCUCUCCUCAAAUUCUUCACCAUUGUUAUCUUCAAAGCUAAAGCUUCAAUCUCUAUGCUUUGUUUCUGGUAAUACGUUGAGGAUUACAAAUGCAAAACCUCUUCAAUUGUCUACUGUUGUUCAUGCUGCUCCUGAAGUUUUGAAUUCUGAGGUUGAUGACUUAGAGACUCCGAGCACGUCAGAAAUUAGCAUUGGGGAUAAUGCAGACAUGUUGGCACCAAAGCACAAAAUCAGAAUCAAGCUUAGAUCUUACUUGGUCCCCUUGAUAGAGGAUUCCUGCAAGCAGAUAUUGGAUGCAGCGAGAACCACCAAUGCAAAAACAAUGGGUCCUGUUCCUUUACCAACCAAGAAGCGAAUUCACUGUGUCCUUAAAUCUCCCCACGUACACAAGGAUGCUCGGUUCCAUUUCGAGGUCAGAACUCAUCAGCGUGUCAUUGAUAUUCUCUUUCCUACAGCACAAACAAUAGAUUCUCUCAUGCUGCUUCAGCUUCCUGCUGGCGUUGAUGUCGAAGUCAAGCUCUAAAUUUAUUUGCUUCAGGUUUAUAAGAAUCUUGAGUAUGAGUGAACUUCAACUUCCUACUAAAAGCAAAUGAGUCGAAACUCAGCAUGUCAUAUAUUCCUCUCUCUGAAUGUAUUUCUUUGAACAAUCCAAAUGAUCCUUUUGUUAACUUUGUCAUUAUGUUGUCAUCUAGGCUCUUAGAAUGUUUAUUCCUAUUGUUACGUAGAUAUUUGCAUAUCCUAUUCAAUGUAAUGUAAGUCUGAUAUUAUGAACACAAUUAUGUUAUUCUUCCAAAUUAUGCACAUGGAUUUAUUUUUACUGAUUUGAAAAGUUA